AUGUCAGAUGCUUUCUUUACCUGUCGAAAGAUUGUGCUUCUGGCGAAGAGCACGUCCACCCAGAUAGAAGGCGUCUUUGCUGCGACCAGCGAACGAUCAGUCCCAGAAGAGCAAGAAGCCCUUCUCCAGCAGUGGCUGGAGGAAGGAGCAGGGAAUUUGCCAGCCAGCGAGAGUGUUCCAGCAGAGGGGGAAGUAUCAGUUGCACUCAGUAGUGACUGGUUAGAAGGUUCAGAGCUAUUGAUGACUAGCCUCAGUGACCUGAAUUCGGCUCCAGAAGUCACCCGGUGUGCUGGUCAGCAGCUGACAGAGCUACACACCUUGGCUUCUUCAGAACCGCAAGAUCAUGAACUGGCUGAACUGGCAGAAUUACCAGUAGAGAAAACAGUGGCUGUAGCAGGCAGUGCCCCUUGGGCAGCUGUGGUGCCACAGACAGAUCACCAGAUAGCGGGCUGUGCUGCUCUGGAUGUGGGAGUGCAGAAUGAAGACCCAGCUGUGCUGGCAUGGAGUUUAGCCAGUGAAGAAGAGACUGUGCCAACGGACCCCCCAGCCUGGCCCAUUCAGAAUGUGGUACAGUUUUAUCCUUUCCCGACAGAGGUGCCCUACCACGAGAUUUUAUGGAGAGACUGGGAGGAUCUUUCUGCCCAGCCCUGUGUGCCAGAGCAGGUCUCGAAAAACACUCCUCUCUUUGAAUUUCGAGUCAUGUCUUACAACAUCCUUGCCCAGGACCUGGUGGAGCAGGGCGUUGAUCUCUACUUACACUGUCAUCCAGACAUCCUGAAGUGGGACUACCGCCUUCCAAACCUUUUGCAGGAGAUCCAGCACUGGGAUCCUGAUGUCCUGUGUCUCCAGGAGGUGCAAGAGAACCAUUACUGGGAGCAGCUGGAACCGAAGUUCAAGGAGAUGGGCUUUGCAUGCUUCUAUAAACGGAGAACUGGGACGAAGACAGAUGGCUGUGCAGUGUGCUAUAAACACAGUAGGUUCCAGCUGAUCACUGUCAGCCCUGUAGAAUACUUCCGACCUGGCCUGGGCAUCCUGGAUCGGGAUAAUGUGGGCCUGGUGCUGCUGCUACAGCCUCUGCUCCCAGAGGGCCUAGAUCCGGAGGCAGUUAGUCCUUUGUGUGUUGCCACCACUCACAUCUUGUUCAAUCCCCGUCGGGGAGAUAUCAAACUGGCCCAGAUGGCCUUGCUCCUAGCAGAGAUUGACAAGAUUGCAAAAACUACUAAAGGCAGCUACUAUCCUGUCAUCUUGUGUGGAGACCUGAACUCCGUACCUGAUUCUCCACUCUACAAAUUCAUCCGGAAUGGUGAACUUUCCUACCAUGGGAUGCCAGCCUGGAAGGUGUCUGGUCAGGAAGACUUUUCCCAACAGCUGUAUUGUCGAAAACUGCUAGCCCCACUGUGGCCAAGCUCACUGGGCAUAACAGACAAUUGCCAAUAUGUCACCCUGUGCCAGCCAAAGAAACCAGGCAGACGUAAGUACAGCCGGGACUUCCUGCUCCAGUUUCAUUUUUGUGAUGUUGCUUGUGAACGACCACCACAGCUGGUCCUCUUGGAAGGUGUGACAGAUGCUAAACCAGACUGCCCUGCACACUGGCCGAAGCCUGCUGCCAUGGUGGAAGACCCUGAUCCCCAGCCAUUCAUCCCAAGGUCUUCAGGCAUUAUCCAGCAUGGCCUCAACCUGACGUCUGUCUACAGCCACUUCCUACCACAGAGGGGACGCCCAGAGGUCACAACGAUGCCCAUGGGGCUGGGAUGCACUGUGGAUUAUAUCUUCUACUCGGCAGAGCCAGUGGAGAAUGGGAAGAGCAGGGGUCGCAGGCUGUACCAGGAUGGAGCCCUGAAGCUGCUUGGCCGACUUUCCCUUCUCUCUGAAGAUGUCCUGUUGCUGGCAAAUGGCUUACCAAAUCAUUUUUAUUCAUCUGAUCAUCUCUGCCUGCUGGCUAGCUUUGGCUUGGAAAUCUCCAGCCUCAGAGAGGCCUGCCAGGGGUCAGAUAACCAACCAGUAGCAUCCUUCUGUGACAGACUGAACUUCAUGUUACUGCCUUCAUCUGGAGCCAACCAUGGUUAGGUAAGUUAGGACCUGUAGGACUGACUCCUGUCUCCUGACAGGCAUCGGGAGGGAGGGGAAGGUUGUGUAACUCGGGGUAAGAUUGUCAAUCACUUGGAUGCCAGUGUACCUUUGGUGUCCUGUCAGUGUGCUUUUGUCAGCCGUGGCCUGGCCAGUAGAAAACCAAUAGAACUGUACCUGUUAUUAGGGCAGAUUCCCCAGUUCAGCCUGACAUUUGAUGCUCAGAUGUGAGAGAUGCGAGCAACAUUGGCAGAAACAUUAUCAAUCUUCUGUUCACAAAUGAGGCAGAGAAAUCUGGUCCCACCUCAGAUUCUUGUGGGAGGGUACGAGGACGCUUGAAAUACUGUUCUUUCUUCCUGAGUUAUAUUGGGGGACUUUCAUAUUUUAAAUGUUACUUUCUUUAUUGAAAAAUAAAAUUUUUCUAAUUAAGAAAAAAUAUACAAAGUAAUUGCAGCACCUCGUGCUCCUGGCAGCUGAACCCUCUGAGGGCUUGCUCAGCAAGGCUUUCUUGGCUGGGAUGUGAAAGAGGAGGGGACAAAUUAGCUACACAAGAUAGCAGUAACGAGGGUUCAAAAGACGGAAUGAGUGGGCUUAGCUGUUGUCUCCCAGCAUGUCCCCAAAUCACAGAGAUGAUUUAUUUGCCCUUUGGCUUGUCUUGCAAAGUGGUUUACAUUCAGGAACCCUUCCCCUCCUCCCAAAGAAAGCAAGUACUGCUGAUCUUUUACAGCUCACUUCUGUAAACUCUACAGAUACAAGGGUGUGCGUGUGGGGACUGUGUUCUGUGCCUAUAUGGUUGUGUAAGGACUGCAUAUUCCCUGCCAGGUGGUGUGGUAUUUGCCUGGUGGCGUGUGGAUGGCUUUUGCUACCCCAGUUGGGAUAACACGUAGGAGUCUGUGUAAGUGAACAGCAGUCUGGGGGUGAAUAGGUUUGCAGCUUCACCCUUAGUUUCACAGGUGAUGGUUCUGGCCUGGCGCUGGUGCUUGUACAUAGAGAGCUGUGUAUUUCUAUGGCUCUGUUUGUCUGACAGUUGCACUAAUUUCUGCAGGUACUCUUACUCUGAUUUGGUAGUUGGUUGCAUUUGUAAAUGGAGGGGAAGAGAGAGAAAUUGGUGAACUGAAAGCUUUAUUUUCUGCCAGGCUUGAAAAGAGGUUGCCAGAAAGCAGCCUGGUUGCAUAUAACUCCCCACCAGCUGGUAACAUUGUAAUAGGAAACUUGGAAGACACUAAAAGUUUAAAAACAAACAACUAAAAGCAAAACAAAAACCACCGUGACACAGUGUUGGCACUUACAGCUUUGCCUGUCUGCUUCAGUUGUAAUUGCUGGCUAGCUCCGAUGGUCAGUUGAUGAGGGGGGUGUGUUUGUGUGAAAGCAGCCUUCCUGCCCCACCUAUUGAGACCCAUAAGGUGUGCACGGUGCACCAUCAGAUGAACUGGUUGCCCCUGCACUGGCCGAAGCACCCUGCCAAUCCUGUGAUGUAACUGAGGUGUAGGAGCUGUGCUUCAACAUCACAAGUGCUUCUUUAUUUAUUUAAAGAAAUAUUUAUUUAAACCAAAGACUUGACUUUUCUUUGGGUAACUUGUAUGAAGGCAUCUCUCAGGGAGCUCUUAAGGUUCCAGCUAUAUUUUGUUGGAGAAUCUAAUGUUCCACAGGUCAAUCGAUACAUGAAAUGGUAUGGUACGAACUUGGAAUGGUUAAGCUGUUGGACACUGGAUAUGGAGUCAUGUGCUGAGAAACCCCAGGACAAUGCCUGCAAGUCCUCUGAUUCUUCUUUCUGAAGGUUAGAAACCUCCCAGAGGGGUCUGCAGCUCCUGAAGCCCUGGCUCACACAUGAUUCCAUGAGCAUUCAUAGGUGAGACUGUUGCAGAAAUGCAGGACCAUUGCUAGUGACUGCAUACAGAGAGACAAAGGCAGACUUGAAGAGUUGAUUGCUGUGGUUGUUUUGACCUGAAGCUCUGGUAUAGACCCCUACAGAGUUAACAGUUUCAGGAAAGAAAAAAACCCUUAUGUUCUAGAGCAAUUUGGAGUUAACAUGAAAUUGAUCUGAAGACCUGUGAAUGUCUGUAUCUGGCUGUGGGAGACCAUAGGUGAAGUUUGGAGAUUGGGUGGGUAGAAAGCAUCCCUGCUGCUAAAAUAGUAACUAGUAUAUAGUUGUAGGGAGAAAAUGUGUUCUGUGAUGCUUUAAGAAUAGCACACAGUGAUACAAUAGGAGGCUGUGCUAAUGAGCAGCUCGUGGUGGGAAGCAGAACCAAGGUUCCCCAUGUAGCUCAGAACACUCUUUCCUGACCUAAAUGCAUCACUAGUUGUCAUUAGCGCAGCUUUCUGAUGAAUUGCAGAAGGGGUCUGCAAAAUGGUUAUGAAAGUGGAGCAACAGGAGUAUCUGCUGUACUCAGAGAAGGAAGGUAUCAUAGAGGUAGGAUCAUUUGCAUCACCUCAGUAGUGAUGCAAAGCUCGGGGAGACUGGUGCUCAGGGGAGGGGAUGCCAGAGACCACUGGCAGUGUUACACCCUGUUACCAGUCUCCUGAGCUGCAGGACUCUGUAGCUGUAGAGACAAACACUUUAGACAAAGUAUCUUUGCUAUACAACAGCUUAGAUUGCACACAGCUGCUAGACUGUAUUUAGUUACGCUAUUUAGAUAGAAUUUGGACUUCCUUCACUUUCUCAGAGUUUUAAGUUCAUCACUUCAUGAGGAUGCUCUUUAUAACCAGUUUUCCCAAUUACACAGGAUGGAAGGAGCAGUAAACAAUAUAAUUGCUUUAGUUUCUUUCCUUUCCUCAAUAAAUGAAACUUGGCUGCUGCUUGA